AGAGAGAGAGAGAGAGAGAGCCAAAUGGGGAGCUCAUCGCCGGAAGAUUUCUCAGUGGUGGUUUUGGCCUCCGAUCUGGGCAUCGACGCCCGGCCGUUCCUCACCCACCCGCCGCCGCCGGAGGAGGAAAAUUGGCACGACUGCCCUUCGUAUCUCCCCUCGGCCGAUGACGAGAACCUUGACUUCUCCGAUCUCGAGGCCCUCCAGUUUUUCCGCCUCGACCGCGGCUCCGAUAAGUCCGGCAAUCGGAUCUUCCGCGUCGUCGGCAAGUAUUUUCCCGCUCCUGUAGUAACUGAGGAAAGGCUGAAAAAAUACGUGUUCCAUAAGAUCUUGACCGAGAUGCCGGACGGCAAGUUCUGCAUAGUGUACAUGCACAGUACAGUUCAGAAGGACGAUAACUCGCCCGGCCUUACGAUUCUCAGAUGGAUAUAUGAAGAAUUGCCCGGUGACUGCAAAGACAGGCUUCAGGUUGUCUACUUCAUUCAUCCUGGAAUUCGGUCUAGGCUUGUUUUCGCCACUCUUGGGCGAUUCCUCUUGAGUGGAGGAUUAUACUGGAAAAUCAAGUACGUGAGCCGGCUUCAAUACCUCUGGCAAGACGUAAAGCAGGGAGAAGUUGAAAUUCCAGAAUUUGUUCAAGAGCAUGACGAUAUUCUCGAACAUCGACCCUUGACCGAUUACGGCAUUGAACCCGAUCCUUUGCAUCUCGUUGAAGUUCCUUCCACAGCUUACUCCUUUGGGAGGUACGAAACAGGCUGGGCAUCUAGGGAGUGCCGGUUUUAGAGGAAAACGGACUUUGCACAUUUGCUAUGUAUAAGAAUGUUUAUCGUGUUGUACUGUAAUGCUAUACACGCUUGCUUGUGUGGUAUAGGAGCUGAUAUCGGGUUCGCCUGCUCAUAACCGUAUGUUUCGACAUUUUGUGGGGAGCUUUAAUGUAUGAUUUGAGUUCAAUUUUUUCUUCUUUUGCACAACCAAUUUAACCUUUCAAUUCAAAGAGCAUUCGAUAUUUGCGAAAUUGCCC